AACAUUUUCAUGACGGACUGAGGAAGCAAGGUCGUAAAAUAGUCAAACGUGCCUUCCAUUUCCGCGACAGAGGUAAGAACGCAUGGUUUUAUCAGAUUUUUGAGUGUAAGGUAAAUACUUUUAUUUUAAAUGUUUUUAGUUGAGAUUUCCUCCUUCAAAUGUUCCUCAUCUUUCCGAACUUUCGCUGAUUUCCGACAAUGAAAGACGUUCCUGCAGUUAAGUGACGACGAUUGCCAACUUUUACUUUAUUCUGGCGUGUAUUAAUUGUAUUGCCGCUUCGUGUUAGCUACAAGCUUGUUUGAACAAGUUACAGCUGUCGAAUUCACAAAAAUUCGCAAGCAAUGCCUGGCAUUUACCUUGGACAAAAUAAGUUAUUCGGGAGAGUUACAAAGGAUAUCGAAAUUAUCGAUUUGAUUCAGUGCAAGCCCUUUUGAUCGCAACACUUUCAGUUUCGUUUACGUGUCAUGCGGAGCAUGUACACAAUCGUGUUUGGCACUAGCUUUCAUGUCGGGCUUAUGUACGUAUCAACUUAAUUUGCUCCCGUAUUUACGAUGCAUUUGAUCAAAAAGCGAUAAAUAUUUUCAGCGUAUAUCAUGUGUUUAUGUUUAUCAUUUUAUACUGUAGUUUGAAAGUGAUUUUUUCUUUUCGAUAGACAGCUUAGAUUGUCCUUCCAAACUGUACUGUUAUACUGAUUUCCUUGUUAAAUAUCGAGACAAGUUGAUUUUUCUUCAAAUUCAGCUAGUUAUUUACUGCAAGAGUCCUUUCAAUUAACUGCAUUGGAGUUUUAGGAAUCCAAUUCAUCAACUGGUAAUGAUUGAUUAGUAUCUGAGUGAAGUUUUACCUUUUGUCAUCUGCUAAUCAGCAUACGAUCAAUCAAUAAUCAUAUCAACUGAAUGUUUCCGAUCAAUUUUUUGUUAUCAAAACUGGUUUAGUUCUGCAUGAGGCCGCAUGCAUCCAAGUAUGUGUUUGUUGAUAGUUUAUGUUGUUAUAUGGCAUGGUAGUCUUGGGAGAAAUGUAAAGUUCUGAUUGGUUCUUACUUGGUCAGGAUUUUGCCAAAUAGACCAUCAUUGCACCAUACAGAAAGUUAUAAAACAUUUAAAUUCAUUGUAAACUAGUUUAGUCCAAGUGACAUUGGUGCAUGACAAUUACCUUGCUCUCUUGAAGGGUACUGGGGGAUAAUGGCACCAUGUCAUUCCUAUACUGUUACAACCUUGGGCCAAUAUACCUCUGUAAAGCCCUGGCAAUCAGCUGGUUAUAUAGAAGUUUGUAGUGGUUUUUGUAAAAGCAAUAUACACUUACAAUUUUGUGCAAAGACAAAGUAAAUAUAGAAUAACUGCAAAAACAAUUAGUUAAAUAUACCUAUACUAAUAAAGCAAAAAUGUCAGCACCUGUACCAAAUUGAAAUCCAUUUCAACAUACAUCAGCAUGCAUAAAUGUAAAUAUUUCACUGUUUUUCCUGUGAUAAAGUGAAACAGUUGAACUAACAAUCACCUAUACAAAUAUGGGCAUCAGCUCAACUGUAGGAAAUUGAAUAAAUAAAAUACAUCUUUUAUAAGUUUUGACUAGUAAUCCCUAUUUAAAAAUCAAAUAUGAAAAUUUUACUUUGGUGUUGUAAAAUUUGUUUCUUAUGAGAAACGAUUCAGCAUAAACUCUCUCCUCUUGCGGAGACAUGGUGGUCUUAUGAUUAGUGAGGUGGAUGCACGGUCAAGAGGUCUGCAUUUGUAGCCUGGCCUGUGCUGGACUCAGGGUCAAGAGGUCUGGGUUCCAGUCAAUGUAUUGUGUUCUUGUGCAAAACACUUUACUCUUACAGUGUCUGUCUCCACCCAGGAGUAUAAAUGGGUAGCAAAAAUUAGUUAGGGAAACCUGACAAAAUGCAAGGGGGGUGAAAGGGGGGGGGGAGAUGACAGUGGAAUGGACUUGCAUCCUGUCCAGGGUUGGGUAGUAAUACUCCCAGUUGCUUCAUGUAAGGAAACCAGGAUUAAGUAAAGCUCAGGCCCUGGACGGGCCACUUUUCAAAUCCAGAUGUGACCUAACUACCUACCACCUCUUAGUUUAAAUGAUUUAAAUUGCUACUGUUACAAAUUAUAUAAACUUGAAACACACAGAUGUUGAUUUUUGCCCAAUUUAUUUCAAUCAAUUGCAUAGGAAUGUUUUUGGUAAAUCUUGAAAUUUAUUGCAACGAGAAGUGAAUUACUGUUUAUUUAAAUAUUAAUGCUUGUUUUCUUCAGUAUAUAUAUCUUUUGUUCUUUUACUGCUUUAAAUAUGCUAUUAAUAUUAAUUGCUUGUGAUUUUGUGUCUAUGUAUCCCUCCCAUUCUCAGGAGGGAAAAAAUAUUUAGUUUACAAUUGGGUAAUAUGUUGAGCUAAUUUUUUUACCAUUUGCAACCAUAUUUUUUUUUUCAGGCCAGGAUUACUUAAAACAGCAACUUUUUGAAAGAAGCAUCCCCUUACAGUUGCUAUGGCUAAAGAAGGAAGUCCAAUUAAGGUUCCAUCUGAAAAUGACGACUUACCUGACAAAGAAAAUGCUCCAGAUUUUGAUGAGGACACUUUACGAGGUGAGCUAGGUUCAACUUUGGCUUCAGUCACUGUUCAAACAUUUUCUAUUCCACCAGUUUCAAGAAUGUAAGCAGGUGUGGAGAAUGAUAUUAAUACACUGCAUGACCACCUUAUAGGAUGUUUGGCCAGUCAUGACUCUCUUCUAUGAUUAUAAUAUGCUGAUGAUUGACUGAGAGGAUCCAUGACAUAUUUGUUAUUUUCUUUUCUCAAAUUUCAAAGCGAGUACACAAAGUUAUAGUAAGUGAAGACUUUAUUUGAUCAUCAUAUAACAUUCAUUUUGUAAGUUUGCAUCAUAAGUACCAUCAUCAUCAUCAUCUUUCCAUUAGAUUAUGCAACAUUAAAUUGAAAGUUUCAACUUCCCCUAAGCAACCAAUUUCCAGUAGAGUGCAAGUGUUAUAUCAUUGAAUAUGGAGGUGUUUAACCCUUGACACCCUAACAUCAGUAUCCAUAUUCUCCAUACUAUUCUUUGUAUGUUUCUUGUGGUACUGAAAAAGAGAAUACAUUUGAAGAUCAAUGCUUCUUAGGUUUGUGAUCAUUUCCUUUAUUCUCAUGAGCUUAGUGAAUGAUUCAGCAGUAUUACUCCAAGCUUUUCAGGGGAUGGGUCAAGUCAGGCAGGUGCAAAAGUGGCAGCUGGCACUAAAGGAAAAAUCUGCAGAUUUUAAAUCUCUAGAUCUUGGCAGCUCUGCUUAUGCACUAAUUAACUACAACCACAGGUAAUUAUUAACUACAACCACAGACUUUGACAGAAAUUAUUUUUUAUUUUUUCUUUGCAGCCACAGCUGAUGUUUAUAGAAAUGAGGGUAAUGAGGCCUUCAAGAAAGGAGAUUUCAUCAAUGCUAUUCAUUUUUACACCAAAGGAAUUAAAAUGAACUGCAAUGAGAAAGAACUGAAGGUCAAACUGCACAACAACAGGGCUAUUGCACAUUUUAAACUUGGUAAGAUGAUGAGAGCUUUAAUAUGCAUUUUUUUUCUAUUUUGAAGCUAUUGAGUUGUCAGUACUAGUUUUCUGAAAAGGUGAUAAUUUUGAAUGCAUGCCCGGAAAAUUUAGAUCUUCUCUUGGCCUCUCAAAUAAACAAAGAAGUAACCUCUUACCCCAGAUAUCAAUGAGCAUCACAAGUUUUUCCCAAAAUUAUAGUAAUGGUAGUUGGUUUGCAACAUGUAUGGCUAAUCAGAGAUAUUUAUUUCAAUAACAGGAAAUCACCAGGAUUCACUAAGGGAUGCAGAAGCAGCCAUUGAGUUAAAUCCAACUUUCCUUGAGGCAAUUGUGAGAGGUUAGAUAUCUUAGCUGUGCUAUAAUGAUAAUAACAAAAGAACUCAACACUCUAAGGUUAAAUGAGGUUAAAUGGAGUUCAAUCUUGUCUCAAUUGACUUUAAUUAAGAGGUCGAGACCACCCUGAUGUACAUUUGAAUCCAGCUCUUGACUGCUACGCUAUUAAUUUCCAUUAAUCAUGAUAAGAAUAUUAUUUUUAACGGGAUGAAGAACUCAAUGCGGAAUGCAAAGCAAAAUUUCAGCAUGAAUAUUUUAGUUCCUUAAUUAAGUCCAAUGAGUCACGGGUGUCAGAUAUGUUAAGAGCGUGUCCACGAGAGCACCGGGCAGUCGUGCUACAAGUCAUCUCACCGAUUUCAAUGAAACUUUGUUAGUUGAAAGGGUCUACCCCAAAACUCAAAGAGCCAAACUGGUUUCUGUUUUGGUUCUUCCGGGGGAAGAUAGACCACCCCCGGUUUUUCUUAGUUUUCACCAAGGAAAUCGCGUCAAAUAGGUAAAAUGUAUGAAGCUCUCACGGCGAUGGUCUCCAACCGAUUACUUUGAGGAUUUGCACACAUAUUUUUACAUCCUUAGUUAAUGUCUGCUGCGAGUAUCAGUCAAUUUGAUUGACGACUUGUCAAUCAACAGAUGCAAAUAUACGACUUUGGUUUAAGACUUUUCGAUUCAUCCAAAUAUUUUACAACUUUGAGGUCAAAUAUCUCCCGUUGUCAGAAAGCUACAACACUAAUCCUUAUUCCCCUUUACAACCCAUCAUUUCAUCUCUGAAAAUCAUCAAAAGAAUCUUUGGGCACUACCGUAUUUUUGUCUUGGAUGCCUUUUAAAAUCUGCGACUGUGACAAGUUUCUCUCAACUACACCUGUCACGCAAUUCUUGCUCUAGGCGGUCACUUGACAAAAUAAACCUACAUUUUUUUAGCUCUUUAUACAAGAUGAUUGAUCAAGAAAGGUGAAAAAUGUGAAAAACUUUCGAGAUUUAUUGUAGGAAUGGAAAAUUUCACGUUUAGAGAGAUGCAUGUAAACGAAAAAUCAAUGGGAAAAUCGUAGCGUUUCUUUCUUCAGUCGUUUAUUACUUUGAAGAUUUGCUAAAAUCAGCAGAUAUGGCUUUUGUACGGCACAAAACAUUCAUUAGUCUAUAAUAUGAUGGUUAAUCAUCAUCAUUGCUCAUUUUAGGAGAUUUUAAAGUCACAUGCAGCGUGUUGGUUGAUAUUACUAAUUGUUCCAGUGUGCUACAAGUUCGGCUUUUACAGACCGGAAAUUCUGCGCUCUCGCUCGAGAGCAAAUAUCAAUAGUUCUAUCGGACUAAAAACUGUGCCUCUAUCCCGAAAAUAAAAUUAAAAAAGUGUUGUCGUUGUCACUUACCGCCAUCGAACAUUUCCAUGCAGAACUCCGCUAAGCUAACAUCUGUUGUGUGACCCGAAGACUCUUAGUAGGAAUUAUUCAAGCGCGUUGUUCAUGUUGUCUGUUAGAUAACAAUUUCAGAUUAAUUUGCAGAUCUCUAUGAUUAUUUGCCUGCUUAUAUCUUAAAAUAUCUGCAUAUUUUUUUCAAGCAUUCUAUUACUACACAUGAAUCUACAUCUCUCUAGAUCGAGUGUUGCCGGCGUUUAAUUGCGUGACUUGUAAAAUUUUUAAAUAAGAAUCUGAGCCAGCGGUAAUUUGACGAGUAGCCUUCCUGCAAAUUUCCCUUGAUGAAAUCUCAAGACAUAGCCAGUUGUUUUCUUGAGCAAAGGCAAUAAAUAUGAGAGAAAAGUGAGAUGCAAAUGUCUUUUUUUUUUUAGCUUAAUAGCAGCUUUACCCUCUCCUGCAGUCUUCGUCUAAAUUUUGCAAGGUCUCUACUUAUUUUCUGCCUUGUUCGGUCAGUCUCGAAUUCUGAAGCUAGAUCAUUGGCAUCGGCCUCUCCGUCCUUUUUCAUAUUUACAGAGGGGGACCUCAUCAAUAAACCAAUUUUUGUUACGGCAGAUAAGCGGCUGAAGUAUCGAGCGAUUUGCUGCUAUAUCAACCGGUCAGUCUUAGACAACAUUUGUGGCUGGUGUCGUAUCUUAAACUCGAUAUUUGGGAAAUCACAUUAGAGGCGGUUGCCUUACUAGUUUCCUCCCUUGUCCAGCACACGUCUAGGAGAUAAUUGUCUGCUUUCUGAGAAAAGGUGGCUGUUUUUCGUGUUUUCCAAAGAGCCCAUCCAAAGUCCUCUUGGCUAGUUAGGGAUUGUUCGUCAGAAUUUUUACCUGAGGUCCGACCUGGAACGUAGUCAUCCCCUAUAGAAUGGCAAGCCGGUCUUAGUCCAUUUCCUCUUGAUCUUAUCCUAGGCGGAAUUUUUUUGUCGGCCUCACUGUGUUUGUCUUUGUUAGGGUACAUUUGGAUGGCAGCCAAUGACUGAAACGUCUUGAUAAUCCUUCUUUUAGCGAGAAUAUCUCGCUUUCUUGUUCCGUCUAUGACGGAUUGGGUAUAGUUCUCGCGAUGACCCGCGUUCAGAAGUCUGUGCACGUUGCUGAUAACCAACCGCUUCUACGAUUAGUUUGCUGAAACCUAGUGAGACCCUGAGGUGCUUCAAACUGUGCCAGUUGGUCUGUGCUAUAAACUUGUCGCAGUUCUUAAGUCAGAGGGAGGAUCGCCCACCUCUAUCUAUGUGAGCGCCUCUACAGUACCUGCGUAUCCUUAGGAAUCAUAUGAUAUAAAAGUUCAUCUCAGUCACAAAUCACCAGUUAAGAAAACUGAUGUUCAGAUAAGCGCUCUUCUUGCCCUUCUUCCUUAUUCAUUGUCGACUCUAAGAUAGUAGCUACAGUAGGCAUUCUAUUUAGGUUUACAGUCACCUUGCCGCCACCAGAAAGACUCGCCACCAGCUUUGAUUUCUUUUGCCAUCUGCAGAUUCAUCUCUCUCUCACUUUAUGUCUCCGAUUUUUAUGAGGAGGAUUCUGGCAUUUACGAACCCGAAGGUCUGAAUCUCACACCAAGUUGUGCACGAUAUUUGAGGUACAUCGUGAAAUCGCGGCCUUCGUAAUCUCCAAAUAAGCCAAUACGCGCUAGAAUAAGCUUAAUCUCGGACAAAACGCUUGUUUGGGAUACAUCGACGUCUCUCAAAUGUUUUUCUUUUUUUUUAAGCUGUAUACCCACGAAUUUAGAGGUGUGAGCUGUUGCCGUCCCUGGCCAGCGCGCGAAAAGUAACAUUUUGUUGUACAGUUAGUUGCAAAUGAACAAGACAACUGCACCAUCUUGACUUUAUCAAUUCGAGUGUUAGAUUGAAUUGAGAGCUUUUUAGACACUCGAUUUCUUAUAUGGCAUCACUAUGAAGACGUAAUACAACUGAUACACCUACACUACAUAGGAUUAACAAUGUCUGUUGCGCUGUUGCGAGAAGGAGGAAAAUAUUACCGGAAGUGUACGCUCUUUUUAAAAAGAGUUUCAGAGACAUUUCAGAGAUGUCUAUCUUUGGUCGGCUGUCACAAAAAAAUGACCCCCACUUAAAUUUACUAGGAAACAUGAACUUGCCAACUCCUUGUUGAAAAAAUUGGAAUUCAUUUGACCGAUACCCCGGUUGUUUCAAUUUUUCUUUUUCCUCGGGCUGCUAUGAAGCAGGUCAUAAAUUGACUAAUGAAUAAAGUGUUUUGAAAUACCGUUCGGGAUUUGCCUUUUUUUUCUGCGUGCAAAUCAAGGGUAUACAAAGUUUUUAAAACAUUUGACUAGAAUUUCAUGGAGUUCACCUCGGUAAUUCUCGUCGGCCAGAGUCAAGACGCGUACAGGUAAGCGACAUCGUCCUCCAGUAAAAAAGUUUUCCAAAGAAUAAACGUGGCGAGCGUGAGGAAACGCACAUUUUUUUUCAUCAUUGUGAUCAAAGCCCAAUGAUGUACAUAAAUUGGUACUUACGGUAUCAAACCAUUGAUUAUGACAGAGUGAGCUUAGUUUUUCUGUCGAGGUCGACGUGACUUCACAUUAAAAGCAUUUUUGACGGAACAAACUAGUGAGUAUCACUGCACGAACUGAGAAAGAAAAAACUUAUAUUUAUCUCCCACGCGUUUCGUCUGACAAUAAUAGACUUCAUCAGGGAUUUUUCCAAGUAGGGUAAAUAAGCUUGCUCAUAUACAAUUAUAAUAAAGUUCGGAUAUAACGCGCGCUGUCAUUGGUUGAAAGAGCGUGCUCUAUGAGGGUAUAGAGGAUAGAGCUGAGCUAAAGCUGUCACGCCAUCUGCCAAUUGUACUAUGUUCGAGCUUUUCCGGGACUUCUUUUUAGCUUUUUUCCGAUAAUUGAAAGUGAAAUUUCGGAACUGAAGCGAGCCGGCAAGUAGCAACAGAAAAAUCAAACAAAGGUUUGUAAACAUACCAGGCGCCGUAAUUUACGCUAUUAAAACGUGAGCAGAUACGAAAAUCCUCAAAGGAAAAACAAAAUAAACAUUCCGAGUUUUGAAGAUUUUCACGCUCAGUUAGAUUGCAAGCUCACUUACGGUUAUAAAAAUCAAACACAUCUAAUGCCCUGUUCACACCAAUUUAAACAAGUUUCAUUAAACGUAGUUUUUUUAAACAUGGUUUUAUAAAACAUGUUUUGCUCAAGAACCGUUCACACUGCAGACUGGGUUAGGUAAUGCGCAGCCUCGUUUUGAUAUUAAUUGUUGCCAACAAAAUUAAAGACGCAAUCAAAAUGGCGGUAAGUUUAAAUCACAAUAUCCUGCUGUUGUUGGCGCAGUCACGGCUGAGGGAAAACCUCAGAAUUACACAAAACCGACAGAGAAACGCAGAGAGACGGUUUAAUCGUUAUGUCCGUCGGAGACGUCUCAUUUCAUCAUUGUUUUUCCGUUUUUUGCUUCGAUUUCUUCUCCGACAUCUUCCUGUUCGCCGUAUUUGGCUAAAACCCCGGUCGCAGAUAUUUUGGGAAGAGACUUGCCAAGAUUGGGAAGAAAAGGACUGGAAUGAGAAUUUCCACAUGUCUAAAGAAGCAUUUAAUCGCCUUUGCCGAGAACUUUCGCCACAUAUCUCUAAAAGGGACACCAAUUACAGGAAAGCCAUUACAGUGCGCCAUCGAGUUGCCAUAACAUUAUAUUAUUGGCUCGCGGACACGGCUCACUUUCGAACGAUCUGAAAUCUAUUUGGUGUCGGAAAAUCCACUGUUUGUGGUAUUGUGCGACAGGUAUGCGAGGUGAUAGUGAACGUUCUUCUUCCCAAUUAUAUAAACGUUCCCCAAAAUCAACAUGAAGUCCAAGAAAAAAUUGAAGGUUUUAAAAGUCGCGCGGGCUUUCCCCAGGUGGUUGCAGCAGUCGAUGGUUGCCAUGUCCCAGUCAUUGGACCUCGGCAAAGUCCAGAUGAUUAUGUUAACAGGAAGGGAUUCCACUCAUUAAUCCUUCAGGGGCUAGUAGAUUGUUAUUAUCUAUUUCUUGAUAUAUGUGUUGGAUGGCCGGGUAAAGUACACGACGCACGUGUCUUCAAGAACUCUCCAUUGUUUGCCUUGUGUUGUGCCAGAGCUUUUCUUCCGCUCGAUAUGUCGGUGAUGAUAUCUGGUGUACAAGUUCCUCCCCUGAUAUUAGGUGACUCAGCUUAUGCUCUCAGCAAUUGGCUGAUGAAACCAUAUAUUGAUCGUGGAAAUCUGACCCCGGAGGAACGCAGUUUCAACAUAAAACACAGCACGACUAGAGUAGUUGUUGAAAAUGCCUUUGGUCGAUUGAAGGAAGGUUCAGAAGCAUUGGAAAGAGACUGGACUUAAAAGUUGAAAAUGCCUGCAAUGUCAUCGCAGCGUGUUGUGUUUUACAUAAUUAUUGUGAGAUGCGAAACGAGUCUUUUGAUGACCAAUGGCUCAAUGAUAUUCACAUUCAUGCUGGAGUUUGUCCAGGUGAUCCAAACCAAAGGCAGAACACAAAUACUGUUGCAAUAAGAGAUGCAAUUAAAAGAUUCUUAAUAUAAAUAUUCAUUGUCACAUGCAUCACUUGAACAUGAGUGUUCAACAUAAGCAUCUCUCACAGGCAAAUAAUCCAUCAAAGAGUUUGCACCUCUAGCUCAAAAAAGUCGUUUAUAUGAAUACUUUCUCCCUUUAAGGUUUAUUGUAUACAGUGCAAAUAGUUUCAUAAAUAAUGGAAGAGUGAAGAUCUUUUGAAGGACACUCCUCUAAGAGGGUCAAACAGUGUUCCAUUUGUAAUUACAUUUGUAUAAAGGAGAUUUGAAAAGUAAAUUGUCAAUUGUGUAAAUUAAAAUUACUGAUGACAAACUUUGAUUGUCUGUGGUGUUCUUGGAAACCCCCACAUUUUUUUUGAACAUUUCAAAACCUGGACACCAUCUCAGAACAAUUAAAGAUGCAGUCAUUGCAAGUUUGCCAUUUCACAUGUGAAAUAAACAUAUUAGCACUGAAAUUAUGCUAAAAAAUUAGGGAGUAGUUUGAAACCCAUGGUGUGACAUAUGCUAAUUUAGCCAUGCAUACUACAUGUUCACAUAAAAUACUAAUUUGAGUGCAAGACUUGCAUCUUCCUCACUGAGUAUUAGAUGUAAGCAUAAAGAAGGAGGGGGACAAUCUCAGCUUUUCGAUCAAAGUGUUCAGUUCGAAUAGCAAGGAGAUCUACUCACUCAGUGACAUGGCCUCAGCUGGCAUUAAUGUCAGCAAAACUAAUUUAAUUCACUAACUUUUUGCUCUUGUUCCAUUGCAAGUGACUGUGUAAUUAUACACCAGACUUUUUUGGUUAGUCCCUUACAAGAAAGAAUAAUUAAGCAAACAAACACACAGAGCUCUCUGUUGUAAAUUUAUCAAGGAGACUUAAAAGACAUCAUUCAUUUGACCCUCUCUCUCUGAACAACUGAUGGAACCUCAGAAACAAAUUUCAUCAUUUAAAAGGUGGAUCAAAACUUUAUUUCAAAUAUUAAAUCAAUUUUUCCAAAAGAUCCUAACCACUGUGCACAAAAAUAUUCAUUUAUUUCAUUAAUUUUCCGGAGCAUUUUUUAAAUACUCUGGGCCAGGUCGUUCAAAGGUGGCUUAACUUAACCCAGGGUUAGUGUGAAAUUUGAUUUCAAAUAUGAAAAUUUAAAAAGAAAUCCAUUUUUUUUUUUUUUUGUCUACAAUUUGAUGAUUAGAUGGUCUAAAAGGAAUAGGAAAAUUAUCCCAAAAAAAGACUCCUGAAUAAAGAAAUAAAGAAGCUGAAUCAAAAUUUAACCCUGGAUUAGUGUUAAUCGGCCUCUGAACAACUAGGCUCUGCCGGAAAAUUAAAAAUAACACUUAAAAAAAAAAAACGAUUUUUAUUUUCUCAAAGAAAAAAAAAGCAUAUUCAAUUGAAGACAACUAUAGAAGAAAAUUAGUUCAAGUAAAGAAAAGUUAACCAGAGCAUGUCAACAUCAAUGAUCUAAGCGUUAAGUUCAAUAUAGUUUUUUCUUUUUCUUGCACCUUCUCCAACGACUGGGAAUCGGCCAUUAGAUUUCGUGAAACAUCGUUCAACUUACAACAUAAAUAAAGCCGAAAACUAAACCAACUGAAACUGUCGCAGGUACGAUCGCAAAUUAAAUUGUUGAAGACACGUACUUUUUAUUUUCGAAGUACCUGCGCCAAUUUCAGCAGAAACUCCUGGUCUUCCUUCCUUCUUCUCUCCUCCCUUUCUUCUUCUCGUCUUUAACGAGCCUCCUCUGCAGCAAGAAAACUCCUAUCAGCAGCUUGUUGAUAGGAAACAAAUGCCUCCAACGCCUUGUCAAUUUGUGUUAAGGCAUCCGUCGUUGACACCUUCCGCUUCUUCGUAGCGGGUUUGAAAAAUGGCUUGCCAGCAUCUGUUGUUCUUUCUGUGAAGGAAUACAAGAAAUCUUUAAAGGCAGAAGUUAAAGUUUGAGCCAAUACUUAUCUCCAUAUUUUUGUUCAAAUCCACUCAUCUUGGAAGUAAAAUUAUCAAGAAAUUUUGUUAGAGAUUACAGACAACGUAGGCGCCGAUAUUGAAACAUUUUCUUGGCCUAUUGUCUGACCCUCCAAUCAGCGAAAGUUUUCAAAGCUCACCUGUCAAACAUUCACCCUUGUUUGGUUAAGGAAAUUUGCCGGCUGUUUUGUUGUUGCUGCCGACGCUGGUGCCGCCGCUGAAGGAAGGCAACUCUUCGUUUGGUUCAUCGUUCUUAAUUUUUUCAUUGUCUUCUUCUUCGUUGUCCGCCUCAAUGAUAAUUUUUGAAGAAUUUACCACAACCUUCGGUUUGGUACAUGGUUUUGAGAGAAAUUCAUCGACUUCGUCGAAAACGCCGGCUUCCUCUUUGGAGUCCGUUUCCGGUCUUCUCACAUUCGUCUUUGUAGGAGCGAUACGCACUUACUAAUGUGUGUACUCUUGUUUUGCAGGCAUCUUCAUCACGGUCUUCGUAGCCUGCCGCUCGAAUAAAAUCACUUAUUUCUUGCCAUAUAGGCCUCUUUCUGGUACAAGAUAUUAACUUCAUUUGUAUAUUUCGUCCCCCCACUUCUGUAGUAACAAUAACGUUUCCUGGUUUGCCCAAAUCCUUCUGCGGGUUUUUUUGGCAACCGCCAUCUUUAAUGUGUUUAGUUAAACACGAAAGUUAAACAACCUCAUUUAGGUAGUUUUAUUAAACACGGUUUUAAACAUGUUUGGCUACACGCACCCGCGGUGUGAACAGGUAGUUUAAUAAAACCAGUUUAGUAAAACAAGAUUUAAACAUGUUUAAGUUUUGGUGUGAACGGGGUAUAACACUCGUAUAGUAUACAAAGUAUGAGCGAAUAUGAUCAUGCUUAAGUUCAUCGCGGCUCGCUCAUCAUGGCAAUCUCCGGUCAUCACAGUAAAGCAAGCCUCAGAAACUAAAUCGGCCGCCCUUCGAGUGAAAAAAUAAGAGCUUGCUCUGAUAUCCUUUCCGAUACGUUGAGUGGCAAUUCACAUCAGUCACUGCAGCCGAGUUUUGCGGCGCUGUCAUCACAAGCUUGUUCGCUUUGGGAAAUAAAGUUUGUUUUGAAAAUUGAAAGUAAUGCUUGGGUAAUUUAACGGAUUCUUUAUUAUAAAACAAAUAGAGAAGCCUUGACUGUGCUCUGUUCUGUUAUAAAGCACCUAGGAAGCGGCUAGAGCACUCAAGAAGUGGGAAAAAACACUCGACUACGUCUUGUGUUUCUCCCUACACUUCUUUCGCGCUCUAGCCGCUUCCUAAGUGCUUUAUAACAGAACAGAGCACAGUCAAGGCUUCUCUAUUUGUUAAAUAGUAAAUAAGUUGUCUCUUUACUAUUGAAGUCAGUGGAUAGAAUACGCCAGGUGCGCCUACGAUGUUAACAUGCGUGACAUUUUCCGGACGUUACACGUACGAGUACGUGAUCCGUUUAAGGGUCACAGAUUUAGUGUAAAUAUUUCACUCCUCAACAUCACCCAAUGUCUCUAGUUUACAGAGGUCUUAGAACGUUUCCUUAUAUGGAGUUGCCUUCUGCGGGUAGAAGGCUAGAAGCGAAUUUCUCAGGCGUAAUUGCCUUUGAUUUCUCAAUUGAUGUUGUCGCAAACACGGUUUUUGGGAGUCACGAGACAAAAAAAACUUAUCAGGACCUAGUUUCAUGUUCUAAUGGAAAUAAAUAGCAAAUAAAAACACAUUUUCUUGAGAAAUAAAGUCACAAGUGACGGGGGUUCUCUGAAACAAAUAGUGAUAGAAAAAGAUUUCAGUUCUGGUCAAUAUUGACUUUUCAUGGCUUACUUGCAAAUCUGAGGGAACGUGCUGAUGGAAUAAAAAAACAUAAAUGUGUGAUAAUGCAAGCAAGAGAAUGAAAAUACAAAUGAAGAAUCAAAGUGCUCUGUGAGCAAACUCGUGAAUUGACACAUGAUUUUUUAGAUUAUGUUUAAUGUUAUCUGGUUUAGGGAAUUUUGUGGUUGAUUGUCAUAUCUAGAGUACGAGCAGUAGUUCAGUGUUCGCUAAUGUAGCAAAGAAACAAAGUAUUGUUGGGAUAAGAAGGCAUUACAGUUAAAAUGAUGAUGCUAUUACAUUUGACAAGGUGAAUGAUGUCAUGUGUUUUAAACGUCUAUCAUUUUUGUUUCUGGUUCAAAAGAAAAGGUUGGAAGUAAAUGUGGGUGAAAAGUGAAAUUUACUGUCUUUCGUUGUAAAUAUUAGAAAAUCAAGGCAAUACUGUCUUAAUGAAAACAUUAACGAUUCCCUCUUUAUCAAAUAAGACAAACGGGAACGAGUUUUGAGUGAUAUAACUAAGCCAAGCCUGCCACCGUCAUUUUGGAUCUCCGCUUGGGUAGAUUUAAGUCACGUGCUAGGCAACGUAUAAUCAAUAACAAGAUAGAAUCUCAUUUCAGGCCUAUUUAUCAAUUUUGUGGUGUGUAACUUUCGCAUUUUAGUACGUUGUAUUUAUGUUGAAUCUUCAAAUUGUCUUGAAACUUAAAAGAAAAUUGUUCUUUAAAAAUUCACUGAAAAUCAGUAGCUAAAAUUGUUUGUUUAGGUGUUAUUUGAUUUUCGUGUUAACUUGUUAUUUCGUCAGUCGCCGGCAUCUUCUGUUGCUUCACACAGGAAAAACACACGCGACGAAACGUAAUGAUCAAUUUUGUCCUCAAUCUCACGCUAUAACAGAAAAAGCUUUUGAAAAUCUGUAAACUCCGAGCGCUCCGCAGUAAGUGAUAUUUUCAAUGAAUCUUCGGAUUGUUUUCAAGUUCAAGGAUUGUAAAUUACAAUUUUAUGAAAAACGAAGGUUGUUCUGUUAUUUCAGUGUGAAUCCUUGCAUGCCUGCCAGUCGCUGGCGCCGCUUGUUGAAACUAAAACGAAAAAAAAAAACUCUCUUAAGAUUAUCAUUGGCUUCUUUUUCACUCCACCACUAUUUUUAGCAACAAAGGUCGCCAUUUCGUCUGUUUAUUGCUCGCCAAAAACUAUAAAAUGCACUCAAAAGCCUAAAAUCUGAAAAAAGUUUACAGGAAUCGACCAAUCGAGCGAGCGAGCGAGCGUAUGCCAUUCCCGACAUCGUAUCUAUAACUCACUCUUGCGCAUGCGCGCAAUUCACGAGUUAAAAAGGGGAAAACAUUGGAACCCGUGUUGCAGCGUGCAGAUAUCUUUUGAACCAGACCUACACACAUAAGCCCGACACCAGCCAGAGAAACUCGAAAGAGUUCUGCAUAUGAACUAGCUCGCACGUGCACGCAGGAAAGGCCAUGACAAUCAGCGAAAAUAAUAGCAAACGCAGAUGAUAUUUGCAGUCAAAAAACAGGAAAAUAAGAUAACAGAAGGAUUAAGAACUUUUCAGAGGUGCCUUCUGGAAAAAAAAAAAAGAUGAACAAUUUUUACUUCUCAUAAAAGGUCACGCAGUGACCCUACUAUUCCUAUACGUGGAAUUUCUUGAUGGUGGAAAGUGGAAAAAAACAUUUUCCAGUCUUAUUUUCUGGAAACAUGGCGUAGUUAAUGAAUUUAUGGGGCUAUUGAUAUUUCCUAACAAAUAAAGGGGGCAGAUUUUCCCGUCAUUCGCGGUAUGGAAAAGCCGAAGUUGUUACACUCAGGAACUUGUACGUCAACAAGCAGGCGACAUGUGACUUUAAAAUCUCCUCUCCUGUUACAGUUUCCUUAUUGUAAACUGUGCGAUAAUGAUAAUAGACGAUCAAACUAUAGGCUAAUGAAUGUUAAAAGUUCUGUACAAGAGCCCUAUGUCCUGAUUUUAGCAAAUCUUCAAAGUAAUAAACGACUGAAGAAAGAAACGCUACGAUUUUCCCAUUGAUCUUCCGUCAACAUGCAUCUCUCUAAACGUGAAAUUUUUCAUUCCUACAAAAAAUAUCGAAAGUUUUUCACAUUUUUCACCUUUCUUGAUCAACCAUCUUGCAUAGAGAGCUAAAAAAUGUAGGCUUAUUUUGUCAAGUGACCGCCUAGAGCAAUAAUUACGUGACAGGUGUAGUUGAGAGAAACUUGUCACAGUCGCAGAUUUUAAAAGGUAUCCAAGAAAAAAAUACGGUAAUGCCCAAAUAUUUUUGUUGAUGAUUUUCAGAGAUGAAAUGAUGGGUUACAAAGGGUAAUUAAGAUUAGUGUUGUUGCUUUCUGGCAACGGCAGAUAUUUGACCUCAAAGUUGUAAAAUAUUUAGAUGUAAUCGAAAAGUCUAAAAACACAGUCGUAUAUUUGCCUCUGUUGAUUGACAAGCCGUCGAUCAAACUGACUGAUACUUGCGGCGGCCAUUAACUAAGGAUGUAGAAAUAUGUGUGCAAAUCCUCUAAGUAAUCGGUUAAAUACCAUCGCAGUGAGAGCUUCAUACAUUUUACCUAUUUGAAGCGAUUUCCUUGGUGAAAACCAAGAAAAACCGGGGGGUGGUCUAUCUCCCCCCGGAAAAAACCAAGACAGAAGCCAGUCUGUUUUUUUGAGUUUUGGGGCAGACCCUUUAAACUGACAAAGUUUCACUGAAAUCGGUGAGAUGGCAUGUAGCACGACUGCCCGGUGCUCUCGUGGACACGCUCUUAAGUCACUAUCUAGCUGUUUUAAAAAGAAGGAUCAGGACUUGAAUUGAGCUACAGUAAUAAUAUGCUUCUUUGUGUUGUUGCCUACAGGAGCCACUGCUUGUGUUGAAUUGAAGAGAUUUGAAGAAGCAAUCACUUGGUGUGAUAAGGGACUAGCUGUAUCCUUUGAAGGAAUCUUUCAUCUUAACCGUGGGUAUAAUGGAAAAAAGUUUUCAUAAUUUGAUGUUUCAAGGGAGAAAAUACAAAGAAGGGUAUUACUCAUGAUGGGAACUUGUCAGCUCAUAUACUUUAAGUGUGUGUGAUUAAAAACAUAGGAGAAGUUAUUACCUCAUGACUUAUUCAUGAAAUUACUCCUUUUAGCCAAUUUGACUUAGUUCUACUAUCCAUGCCAAUAACUGGUACAUUAGUUUAAAUAACCCUUUAAUUUCCUAGACCAAAUUUGUAAUUAUCCUUACUGUCAACCAUACAAUUCUUGUAAUGUUAGUACAGAGAAUUCAGUAUUGCAUCAACUAACUAUUUUUAAAUUAAUAUAUUUUUACUCUCAGCACUUAUCUGAUUGAUAUUGUAUUGCUAUUGUAAGGAGAAAUUCUCUUUUGGUCACUCACGGGAGUUAAAGGGUUAGAAGACUAAUAUUCAUCCAGUUUGAAUGAAUGAAUGUGUAUUUAUAUACCGCACAUAUCACAUACUGUCUCAAGGCGGUUUACAAUUCUAAUUGAGUGAGAUCGAACGUCAGCUUGUAAAGGCGCCUCUGGCUGCCGCUAUCACUCCAUAUUUGAUCUCACUCACCCACCCAGCCCAUGCAUGAAAUGUACAAUGAAACAACAGAUAGACCACCACACCGGGAACUAGGCCCCCUACUCUUUUCGACAAGUGUGUGGGUUCUUUAACUUCCCCUGCUGACCAUGUAACACUGAAGAUGCAGGAGACGGGGCCUACGGUUUAUAGUCCUUAUCCGAGAAGACUUGAAUGUCGAACCAUUUGCUGGUACAAUUACAAAGGCAGCACAUUCUCCUCAGUUAUUUUAAGACCCUGAGUGUUGGUCCGGUCUGGGGCUCGAACCCUCGACCUCCCGCACAACAGACUGGCGCUCUACCAACUGAGCUAACCAGGCGGCGGUUUAUACAUAGUACUUGGGUCGAUGAUCUCUCUAAAACAAGCCUGAACAAAAAGCUCGGUAAUGUUUACAUAUCUUAUGCAGAUUUUCUUGCCUUAGACCUUUUUUCACUACUUAGAGACUCAGAAACUUUCGUUGUGCUUUCCUAUGGACAAAUAAAAAUUUUAAAGACAUGUAUUUGUGUUAUAGACUCAUUUCUUCCACUGUUGGAAAACAUUUGUCUGAUGUUAAAGCUAUAUUAAUUAAAAAAUUGAGCAAGUGCUGCUCAGUAUUUGGAAACUAGGGAUUAAAUCUAGAUAUUUCGCGUUAAAAUGUGAGGCUGCACACAGAAAAAAACAUUUUUUGAAGUGUAGAUUUACUUCAUAACUGACUUUAAGACUGAAUGUUGAUAAAUCAUCUACCUUUCAUGCAAAGCCCUCCUAGUGGGCCAUUUUAUAGUUGUGUACUUAGUUGCCAAGCCUUUGAUUUGGAGUGAGGCUGAAGGUGACCUUGUUGUGAUAGAGACCUGUAUCUAGAAACGAUAAUAACAAAGUAGUUUGCAUUUAAAAAGGAGCAAUGUUUUUAUCAUAACAAAGUCACCCUUAAUCAUCGCUCUUGUUCAGAGGUUUGGGAACCAAGCACGCAAAUGUUAAAAUGGACUAUUACAUAUCAAUAUGAUCAGAAACAUAAUCUUUUUUGUUUUUUCCACAUUUUUAACCCUUAACAUAAAAAAGAUUGACAAAAACAAUAGGAUCUUGUUGUCAUUAAGACUUCAGUCUUUCAGUGAAGUGGGAGAUAAGUCCAUGGAGGAAAAAGAUCCUAUUAGUCAUGACCACGGUAGUGCAAGUUCAGGUGAUGUCAAGAAAGUCAUAGAUCUCUAUAAUCGGGGAGAAGCCAUAGAGUACCUCAACCUAUAUCUUAAAAAAGCUAAAGAAGUAGGAGACAAGCAUGGAGAGGGUAACGCUUAUGGCAAUCUUGGCAAUGCUUAUUUUAGUCUGAGUGAUUUCAAAAAAGCCAUAGAGUACCACAACCUAGAUCUUAAAAUAGCUAAAGAAGUAGGAGACAAGCAUGGGGAGGGUGGUGCUUAUGGCAAUCUUGGCAAUGCUUAUUUUAGUCUGGGUGAUUUCAAAAAAGCCAUAGAGUACCACAACCUAGAUCUUAAAAUAGCUAAAGAAGUAGGAGACAAGCAUGGGGAGGGUGGUGCUUAUGGUAAUCUUGGCAAUGCUUAUUUUAGUCUGGGUGAUUUCAAAAAAGCCAUAGAGUACCACAACCUACAUCUUAAAAUAGCUAAAGAAGUAGGAGACAAGCAUGGGGAGGGUGGUGCUUAUGGCAAUCUUGGCAAUGCUUAUUUUAGUCUGGGUGAUUUCAAAAAAGCCAUAGAGUACCACAACCUACAUCUUAAAAUAGCUAAAGAAGUAGGAGACAAGCAUGGGGAAGGUAAUGCUUAUGGCAAUCUUGGCAAUGCUUAUUUUAGUCUGGGUGAUUUCAAAAAAGCCAUAGAGUACCACAACCUACAUCUUAAAAUAGCUAAAGAAGUAGGAGACAAGCAUGGGAAGGGUAAAGCUUAUGGUAAUCUUGGCAAUGCUUAUUUUAGUCUGGGUGAUUUCAAAAAAGCCAUAGAGUACCACAACCUACAUCUUAAAAUAGCUAAAGAAGUAGGAGACAAGCAUGGGGAGGGUAGAGCUUAUGGCAAUCUUGGCAAUGCUUAUUGCCCUCUGGGUGAUUUCAAAAAAGCCAUAGAGUAUCUCGACCCAUAUCUUAAAAUAGCUAAAGAAGUAGGAGACAAGCAUGGGGAGGGUAAAGCUUAUGGCAAUCUUGGCAAUGCUUAUGGCAUUCUGGGUGAUAUCAAAAAAGCCAUAGAGUACCACAACCUACAUCUUAUAAUAGCUAAAGAAGUAGGAGACAAAUCCUUGGAGGCAAUUGCCUACUAUUCAUUAGGAUUGGAUUUUGAGUUUCAAGGUGGACUGCUAAAAGCCGUUGAACAUUACCAAGCUAGCAUAAACUUAUUCAAUUCCUUGAGAGUACUUCUAAUAUCUAAAGAUGAGUGGAAAGUUAAUUUUCGAAAUCAGCAUCAAGGGGCGUAUACGAGUUUGUGGAGAGUUCUCGUAGAACAAGGUAAUGUAGAUGAAGCCUUAUUUGUUGCUGAGAAAGGACGAGCUCAAGCUCUGACCGACCUCAUGGAAUCCAGUUUUUGUGGUGGAACAAGUCACCACAAGGGAGAAGAUGAAGAUUGCGCAGUUUUAAAAAACGUUCCAUCAAACACUGUCUUUCAGGCAGUGGACAAAGCUAACGUCAAUCUUUGGGUUGUGUCCGAAGGAAAACAAGUUCAGUUAAGACAAAGUAAACUCAAAGGUUUUGUUUCAGAGAAUAGUGGAUCUAGCCUGUCCUUUGAGUCGUUCAUGUUCGGUGUCUAUACACAACUUGGUGUUCGUUCUAAUGUGAGAUGCGAGAAUCGAUCUUUAGAUGCUUUGAGGGAGGGCCGUUCAAAAGUGGAUGAGAAAACCAAAGAAGCCAAGCCUCAACCUCACAUCCAACAAGACGGAUGCUUGAGCACUUUGUAUGAUAUCGUUAUGAAGCCGGUGGCUGACUUGAUUGAAGGGGAUGAGCUACUCAUUAUUCCUGAUGGAUCCCUGUGGAUCGCUCCUUACGCUGCAUUGAAGGAUGGUAAUUCUAAAUACCUGUGUGAAUCGUUCACAAUCCGAGUCGCUCCAUCGUUAGCAAGUCUUAGACUCAUUGCCGAUUGCCCAGAUGAUUAUCACAAAAGCAGUGGUGCGUUACUUGUAGGAGAUCCGUGGGUAUCCGAGGUUACUAACAGCGAGGGAAAGAAAGUCCUUGAGCAGCUUCAGUAUGCUAAAAAAGAAGUAGAAAUGAUCGGAAAAAUUCUGAAUAUCACGCCAAUCACUGGCAGUCAGGCCACGAAACGUGAGGUGUUGAAAAGACUCGGUUCCGUUUCCCUAGUUCACUUUGCGGCACACGGAUCUAUGGAAACUGGCGAAAUUGCUCUUACACCUGACCCAGACCGAAUAUCUACUGUGCCAACGGAGGAGGAUUACAUUUUAACAAUUAGAGAUGUGUUGAAUGCUCAACUUCGGGCCAAACUUGUUGUGCUUAGUUGCUGCCACAGCGGCCGGGGCGAGAUCAAGGCUGAAGGUGUGGUUGGCAUUGCGCGCGCUUUUAUGGGGGCUGGUGCUCGGUCUAUUGUGGUGUCCCUGUGGGCGAUUGAUGACGAGGCUACUCUUGAGUUCAUGAAAUACUUUUAUCAACAACUUGCAGGAGGUAAACCAGCAAGCAAGUCACUGAACCUGGCCAUGAAAAGCCUCAGAGAAUCACACAAGUUCUGCGACAUCAAACACUGGGCGCCCUUUUUGCUGAUUGGAGAUGACGUCACUCUUGACUUCAUGGCAAAGGAAAGAGAAAAUUUGAAUAUGAAAUCACAUAAAUGA